CAGUGGACAGCUCUCAACAUCCCAUCAAGUUGUAUCCCACCUACGAAGAGACAAAACCGGAAUACACAGUAUAGCAAAUACAGGUAGUACUACUCCUAUUUUACUUGAAUUAAACGCGUCAAUUGCGAGGCUUGCAAUUGCUUGACUUGUAGAAUCACUCCCUACUUAUCAUUAAGGUCAAUCUCGGUCGCCGUCCAACAUGCGACGUGGCAGCCACGCGGAGGCCUUCAAUGCCUUUUCACAGUGGUGCACAUAUAAUGAUGUCCAGCUGCUAGACAUUACCUUGGCCGCCGAUGAUGAGAAGGGCAAUCAUUUCCAGCCGACCAGGGAUCUUGAAAAUGAAGACGAUAACAUUGAGCUACCAUUACUCCUCACUGUCCCUAAAGAUCUAGUGCUGUCCUCCGAGGCCAUCCAUCAAUACGCCAAAGUGGAUAAGAAUUUUCGGGAAAUAUUCAGUAGAGCAGGUCAUCAGUCUCACCGAGUAGAUACGCUCCUGUUCCUGAUGCUGCAAUAUAUCUACUCAUCUCCUGACUACCAAGGGACAAAUGGAGAAGCUUCACCAUGGGCGUGGUAUUUUGAUAUGCUGCCAUUCCGUGUACCUGUGCCAACAAUGUGGAAUGAAGACGAGCUGGUAUAUUUGAAUGGAAGCUCACUUGAGCCCGCGGUAUCUGCAAAGUUGAUCUCCUUGAACAAGGAAUUUGACGAGGUGCGCGAAAAGUGUGAAAAUCUGCCGUUCUGGUCCGAUUUUCUUGAGGACUACGAAGGUAUCACUGUGGAAGACUGGGUCUACUUUGACGCACUCUACCGAUCCCGUUCAUUAGAGCUUCCGAAGUCUGGAGAAUCUAUGGUGCCUGUUCUAGAUAUGAUCAACCACUCAUCUCACGCAAAUGCCUACUUUGACGAGAAUAAUGAAGGCGAAGUCAGACUUCUUAUUCGGAAAGGUCAUACAAUCCAAUCUGGAAGUCACGAGAAUGCUGGAAUUGGGAGUGAAAUCACCAUUGACUAUGGCCAAGGCAAGUCCGCAGCCGAGAUGCUUUUCAGCUAUGGGUUUGUAGAGCCGGGCACACCAGCCGGGAGUCUCGUUAUACCAUUAGAGUCUAUGGACGACGACCCUCUUGCUAAACCCAAGCUACAUGUCUUUGGUGGCGCACCGACGUUGAAGAUUAAGGAUGCUGAGGACGGGGUUCCCACAUGGACUGCACCUUUUGUCUAUCUCAUGUGUCUGAAUGAAGAUGAUGGCAUCGACUUUCGGAUACUUCAAGAAGUCGAUGGAAGUCGUCGGCUGGUGCUAUUUUGGCAAGACGAAGAUGUGACAGACAAAGCCAGAGAAUUCGAGGGCCUUAUCGCCGGACAUGAUCUCGAGCCUAUCUACCACCUCAGGGCUAUCACAGUCAUUCACUCGCAGAUCGCGGGACAAGUCGAAUCCCUGGAAACUCCUCUGGGCCGUCUUGAUAGAGAGAUCAAUCCCCGAUUCCGAUUCUCCAUCGAAAGCGUUCAGCAAUUACGAAGGACUGAGCUAGACCUGAUGCAAAGGACCUUGGGGGCGUUAGAACGACAGAGAGACACACUACUGGAGAAUGAUAGGGUGAAAGCGUAUCUCGGCUCGAUGGAAGAACCCCAAAAUGAGGAGAUUGGAGAGCAAGCGCCCAAUAACGAAGAAGAUUUCAGCUAGGGUUUACAAGCUAAGGCCAUAUCUGCAUAUUCCUAACGGGUUACCCCAUAUUCUUCCCUGAAGACAUUCUAUCAACGGUCAAAAGGCAUUGAAGGAUUACAUCUGUUGCUCAGUGUCUGGCGCUGGAUUUUGUGUGGCUACUCUAGUAAAUGCACGUCACGAAAAAUAGUCGGAGGCUUUGUCCUCAGACGAAGACGAUCCUUUCCACCGUCUGACUGAGUAAGUUGGAGUUUUAGUCUCAGUCUCGGCUGUGUGCACAAUUAGAUGAUCAUCUCGUGGGGAGAACGCCUGACCCGCCUUCUCGCUGAGAAAGCGAAGUAAGAUAUUUAGUUCCCAAUUCAUUUAAAUGCUUGGCAAUUAAAGCGCAA